AUGGCGGACGACGCCGGUGCUGCGGGAGGAGCUGGAGGGGCUGGUGGUGGUGCCGGAGGAGGAGGACCGGCGGCCCGAGGCGGCUUCCGUGGGGGCUUUGGCAGCGGAGGCCGAGGAAGGGGCCGCGGACGGGGCAGGGGCCGGGGAAGAGGCCGUGGGGCCCGCGGAGGCAAGGCCGAGGACAAAGAAUGGAUCCCAGUCACCAAACUUGGCCGCCUGGUCAAAGACAUGAAGAUCAAGUCCCUGGAAGAGAUCUACCUUUUCUCCCUUCCAAUCAAGGAAUCUGAAAUCAUUGACUUUUUCCUGGGCUCUUCUCUGAAAGACGAGGUUCUGAAGAUCAUGCCAGUGCAGAAACAGACGCGUGCCGGUCAACGCACCCGGUUCAAGGCGUUUGUGGCCAUCGGUGACUACAACGGCCACGUGGGUCUCGGCGUCAAAUGCUCCAAAGAGGUGGCCACCGCCAUCCGGGGGGCCAUCAUCUUGGCCAAGCUGUCCAUCGUACCAGUCAGGCGGGGCUACUGGGGCAACAAGAUCGGCAAGCCCCACACCGUGCCUUGCAAGGUCACCGGUCGGUGUGGCUCAGUCCUGGUGCGUCUCAUCCCUGCACCACGUGGCACUGGGAUCGUCUCUGCUCCGGUUCCGAAGAAACUGCUAAUGAUGGCUGGCAUUGACGACUGCUACACCUCGGCCAGGGGCUGCACAGCCACUUUGGGCAACUUUGCCAAGGCCACCUUUGAUGCCAUCUCCAAGACCUACAGCUAUCUGACCCCCGACCUGUGGAAGGAGACCAUUUUCACCAAAUCUCCAUAUCAGGAGUUUACAGACCACCUGGCAAAGACCCAUGCCACCCGAGUCUCUGUGCAGAGAACCCAGGCAGCCGCUGUGGCCACUACUUAAGAGGAAACUCUUUUAAGACUAACAUGUUCAAUAAAGUAUCAGAACCAAGAGAUUUCUAAAA